GAGACCGUAGCAAAAAUAUUUAAUGUCGAGUGGCACAGACCUAUAGCAUUAUAUAUAUACACACACAAUCACAUAUAGUCUAUAUAUAAGAAUAUAUAUACAUGAGUUACCAGCGGCAGCGGCAAUUUUGAGUGCGGCAAGGCGUGGAAAGUGAAUUCGAAUUAUAUAAUUCGUUUAGCAAAAAGCGAAACAUAAAAAGUCUAAAGACAUAAACUGACGCUGCAGUGCCAAAGGCAGACAGCGACAGCGAUGAAGAUGACGACACCACAACUGUUGAAUAGAAAUACGCGCACAAUGCCCGCCUGGGUGAACGAGGCGAAUCAGCGCAUUGGACCGAAGCCACCGCCACCGCCGCCAAAUGGCAGUGCAGUUAGCAAUGGAAUGCCACCUAAGCAGCCCACGCUGCCACCAAAGGCAAAGAACACACCCGAACCCGACUAUGAAGUGAUCGAGUUCAGCCAGCAGCAGCAGUACUCCAAUGAGCCCAUGAAAGCGACGCAGACACGCACCAAGACGCCAGACAACAAGUUGAAAUGCACAUUGUGUGGCUCACAGAAUCCUUGGGUCACUUGCUCGGAGUGCGCUGGACAAAUCUUUUGCGCCAGCUGCGACGACAUGUUCCACAAACAUCCCAAGCGCAAGCAGCAUGUACGCAAGGCUGUUGAGCAGGGCACACCGCCCAUACCACCCAAAGCACAAGCGGGUGGCGCCGCACCGCCAGUUGCACCACCCAGACGCAGCAAGCGCGGCCUGUUGACGCCGUUUCUGGGCCGCAAGGAUCAGAUGUUGCCACCGCCCUCGCCCACACCCUCGCACAAAUCUAUAGGCGCCUGGCGUGGCACAGCGCCCCCGCCUCCAACAGCUGCUACCAUGAUGAACAAUCGUCCGCUGCCCGAGCCGCCACGUCCAGCGCCCAGUGAAGCUGGCGGCUCCUCUCGCUCUGCCACACCCAAGUCCGUAUUCGAUGCCAUUCAGCGACCGCCCUCAGUGCAGCUGGAGAAGAUCAAGAGCAAGGCAAGCGCUACACUGGAUCGCAUGGCGCAGCUGCAGCAGCGCUAUCGCCAGCAAAAGGCACAACACAAUGGGGGACAGUCCAGCAUGUCCACAGCGAGCAGCGAGAUGGCCGCUGGCGCCCAGCGCCGUCAAAUGAGCACAUCGGUCUUUAAUCUCAACACCAUGAACCGAAGGCCGCUGGCGGAGACACAAAAUGGCGGCCAAUGGUUGGCCAAUCAGCGUAUGCAACAGGCACAAUCCUUGGCUCAGCUCAACUGCGCUGGCUGCCAAAGUCAACAGGCUGGCGCCUGGCCACAACAUCAGCAUCCACAUGCACAUCCAGAUGAUUGGUCACAGUUCGGUUCGCAGCAGCAAUUUAAUCACUCAAAUCUCUCAUUAAAUAUGGGGCAUGGCUACUUGCCACAACAGCAACACCCACACUAUCCGCCGCCUGUGUUUAUGACGCAACGCGGCAUUAUGCCUCAAAUGUAUCCAGGCGCUGCAGGCUACCCCAUGAUGCAUCCAGGCGUCAUGGGCAUGCCACCCACAUCUGCCUCACGUGCCACUUCGCGAGCGCGUUAUGCUGCCUCGCCCACGCCCAGUCGCAAGUCGAUGUCGCUGCGACGCAAGCGCAGCAGCUAUGUCGAUGAUGAGCUGACCGAUGAUGAGGACUCCGAUCAAGACGAUCGUCGUUCGCUGGUUUCCAAUCGUUCGGGCAUGACAAGCGCCUCACGCGCUCAUUUGCAUCAUCAGCGGCAGCAGCGGCGUCUGUCCAGCGCCUCACAGCUCAUAAACACAAGCGGGCAUGAUGAGAUGGAUGCAGAGCAGCGGGGAGCUGGACGCCAGCGUAAUCGUCGUGGCUCCAUAGCCAAGUCAGUGCAAAGCGAGUGGCUGCCCGAACGCAGAGACUCAAAUGCUAGUGGUGGUGGCACCUUGAAGCGCAGCACGGGCGAACCACAGAAAACGAGUCGCAUCUACUCGGAUCUGGAGUCGGAAGGAUCAGACGCACGCGCUUUGGUGCAGGCAAAAAUACAACAAAAGCUGCAAGAAGCAGAGAAAGAGAAGCACAAGGCCAAGAAGGCUGCACACAAACCUAAGCCAGAGAUGAAGGAUGAGAACACACAAGCGGCAGCUGUAGUGCCCAAAGCUGUGCCAGCUACAGCGCCAGCCAAAGCGGUGGACAGCGCUUCGGAAUAUGAAGAAAUUGUUGAAGAGGUCACAGCUACAGAAAGUGAAGAAGAAGCCGAAGCGCAGGCUGUGACUGAAGCUGCGGAGGAUGAACUAGGACCUCCGCCUUCAACGCCCGAUCACGAAUGGGAGUGUGAGUUCUGCACGUUUGUGAACGAACCUAAUAUUAAAAUCUGUGCCAUAUGCUGCAAGACGCCCUGCAAGCCACCCAUAAAGCCCAAAGAAAAGGCACCAGCAAAGCCAGAGACUAAGCUAAGCAGCCAGCCUGACACUAAGCUGGUGCGCAAGAGCAGCUUAAAGUCUGUAAAGCCACAAGAGCAGCCCAAGAGCAGCAUCAGCAAGCCCAAGACAACAACAACAACAACUACAUCAACAGCAGCUGCAUCUACUUCAACUGCUGCUAAAAAGCCCACAACAGACACAAAAUCCAAGCCGAAAGCUACGGCGUCGACCGAUACACACGAUAAGCCACUGGGCCAGGGCUUUAUACACAAAGAGUCCGUAGAGAAUAUUUGGAAUACGCUGGAUGAGAGCAUACAGGCGCAGGCGGAGCAGGUGCUGCAGAAAGCUAAGAAAGUCUCCACAGCCUGCGGUGGCACGCCGCCCAGAGAACUGCCGCCUCCAGCCCGUGAAAUGGGCACCUCGCCGCCACCACAAAGCAUAUCCACACAAACCUACGAUGCCUUACCCUUUGUUGCACCCACGCAGCAGCCGCAGGAGCUGCCAGCUGCUGUGCAGGAGCGCUAUAGAACACCAGAGCCAGCUAAGCUGGAGCGGCAGCCUUAUUACCGCAGCAGCUCGCAGCUGACGCAGGACGAACGUUAUCGCAGCUCCAACGAUCUAAGGCUCAAUCAUGAGCUCAACCCAGGACAGUUUACAAGACGUCCCAAUUUUAUAAGCGACUUAAAGAUACUGCAGCAUCAAACCUCUUCGCCCUUUGAUCUGCCACACGAUUCGCUGGGUCAUAAGCAGGAUCAAGCCCGUGAUCCGGAAAUCGAAAUGCACAUCAUACUCAAAGAGCUGGAGCUCUACAAAUUCACCGUGGAGGAGCUGGAGGUGGCGCUGAAGUACUGCACACCAGACCUGCAUCCCAUACAAUGGCUGCGCGAGAACUGGCACAAGCUGGUGCAGACGGUGCAGAGCUUGUCCACCAAAUAUGGCCAGGAGAAGGCGGAGAACACCAUUGGCACAGUGUCGCAGAAUGAGGCGCGUGAGGCAUUGCGCAGCUCCGGCGGCAAUGUCUGGCAGGCAGUAGCGGAUUGCAUACAGCAGCGGCAGCAAAAGUAUCGCAAGCUGGCGGCCAAGGGUAACUUUCUGAGCGAGGAUAUUGUGAAUGCGCUGACGGCGCAUCAAGGUAAUGUGGAGCAGGCGUUGCUGGAAUUGAAUCGCACACAACUCAAACCAUUUCUAAUGCGCAUCUGGGGCUCGCCGAAUGGCGUGGAGAAUGAGAGUGUGGCCAUUGACAGCAAGUCGGAUAUCCAUGACUUUCUGCACACACACGCUUUGGACUGCAUGCAGCUGGCACACAGCGAGAGUCCAGCGCUGGCCAAUCCCUUUGAUGCGCCCUACACAGACGAUCAUAGUCCCGCCAAGUCCACUUAUGCCACGCCCAGUCCCUAUCAGCUGGAAGAUAGUACAUUGAAGAAUCUGGAGUUACUCAUAGGCACCAUGGAGCAGAAUCAGGCUAAGCAAAAUCAAGAAGUGUUGCGCUCCAUCGAGACCAUGCUGGAGACAUUCAAGGGCAAGCCGGAGCAGGACUACGAAACAGAUCCCGAAGUUAUGCGCAUACUAACAAAAAGUCCCAUUAACACGCCCAGAUCGCCGCAAGUGCUAAGCGGCGAUAAAGGCGCCGAUGAUGUCAAGAACUUUGUCUGGCAACACAUUCAAGACAUUGUGCCCAAUUUGGUGCAGCAAGUCGAACAGGAGCUUAUGGAAACUACAGAAGUACCAGCACCAGCUCCAAUUGUAAGUGUGCCCAAAGAGGCAACGCCACCCCCAGCUGUUGACCCAGACACAUACAUUAUGGAAGAGGUUAUUAAGCCUAAUCUAAGAGAAGCCUCCAUACGUGAGGAGCUUCCACCAAAUUAUAUCUAUGCUACGGAAAUCGCCAACUUUAAAUUGGAAUUCGAUCGUGGAGUUGAGCGAAUGCAUGAGCUGGAGUGGCAACCAGAUAAUCUAGAAGAUGCUGAGCAUAUUAUCUACAAAGGCUACUUGGCACCACAAGAACAAGUCCCAGAGCAAAUAGAGCAAGCUCUGGAGCCAGUUGUGAUAGCAGCAGAAGUAAUUGCAACUAGUACAGUAGAGCCUGCUAUGGAAAUCACACAACAGGUUAAAGAGCAAGCGCCUGAAGUUGUAGAAACAGCUGUUGCUCAAUCUCAAAAUGUAGAUACACAAAUCGAGGCAGCUGUGGACCAACAGGACGAGCUAAAUGAUAAGCCCAGCACAAGUCGCGAUGCUGGCAAGCGAAAUAAGCGUUCAAGGCGUGGAAGAGCACGCGAUCAAAGUCAGCGGCCAAUUAACAGAGAUAAGCUAACAACGACAAAUGCUGAGCCAGUUACAAAGCUAAGCCAUAAUACUAAUGAACAGCAGUCAACUAAUGCAGCCGCAGAAGAGGCAGAGCCUGGAGUAAUGCCAGCUGAAGUAGAGGCAGCCACAUCUAAAGUGUUAAGCAAUAAUUCUAAUGAGCACCAGACAACUAAUUUAAAAGAACUAGAAGCACAGACUAAAGUAAUCCCAACUGAGGCAGCCACAGCUGAAAUCAAUAAUGAGCAACAGACAAAUACUUUAAUGCAAGUAGAAACAAAAGCUGCAGCAAUGCCAGCUGAAGUUGAGGUAGCUGAAUCCGAAGUCUUAGCUAUGUCUAUAGCAGCACAAGAUAUUGAUAUUGAAGCUGAGCCCAAUGCUAAUAUUAUGGAAUCUGAUCAAGUGGAAUUUGUUGCAACUGAAGCAACUAAUAUUCAAGUUCCAAUUGCUAAUAUUAUUGAGUCUAAUCAAGAAGAAGUUGUUGCAACUGAAGAAGCUUCUGUAGAAGUGACUCAAUUGGCAGAAACAAAUAUUGUAGUUAUAGCCGAUGCAUCUAUGGCUGUUGUGGAGCCAGUAAGAGCUUUAAUAACAGAUGAGCCGCAAACUCAAAUCGAUCUAAGUGCCAUUGAGAGCGAAGCUGCUACAGAAACGACAGCAACAGUGACAGAAACUGAGCCUAUAAAGCAAAAGCGCAGUCCAAAGCGUUUCUCCAAAAUACCCGUAAGAACUUCAAGCAUGCACAGCCUGCGUAGCGAAAGCCGAGCAAGUACACAUACGCCAACUACAACAGAAGCUGACACAAGUAAUGCUCAAGAGGAAACUGAAGCGAUUGCCAGCUUAGAUACAAAUCUAAAGCCACCAGCAAUAAACACAGAAGACACACAAACUGUUGUAGUUACUCCAACUGGCAGCGAGGAAACUUACGAAGAUGCCAACGAGUUUCAUAGCAGUGAGGAGCCACGCAUGCAUGAUGAAUCUCCCUCGGACACAGAGCUCUAUAGUCUGGACAGCGAUGAGCAAGCAGCGCCAUCGUCUCAAAGUGAAAUAGUGCUUAUGCUCAAUGAGGCUGAGCCCACAACAGAAGAUGUUGGCCUGCUUAAGUCCAACAGCAAUGAAACGCUAAGCUCACACUCAAGCCAUUCAGUGUCUGAUAAGCUGGUGCUCAAGGAGUUUGUGCCAUCUGGUGAUCCUGCCAAGCAGAAUCUCAGCGAGCUGGUGGAAGAUACGCAGCGUUUGAUUAAACAAAUGCGCGAGGAGAUAAGCAUGGAUGAGUUUGAGUCCAGCGAUGAGGACUACUCUGAUUAUUCAGAUGAAUAUGAUGAGGGUGAAGAAGAAGAAUGGUAUGACAGCGAGGGCGAGGAGGAAGGCACAUACAAUGAACAAAUGUCAUAUAUAGAAGACGCAUCAAGUGGCGCAGCAGAACUAGAAGGCGACGAUGAAGCUACAGAAAUCGAGGACAUCAUAGAGGAAGAUGAAGAGGAGUAUGAAGACGAAGAGCAAACAGUGGCAACUGAAACACUUAGUCCAAUAGCAGAGCCGCUUGAUACAGUCACAAGCCCUUCAUUAUCAGUCACGCCCACAAACCAUGAACAAGUGUUGAGCGCAGACCCUGAGAAUAUUUCUUUCACAGCCAGCAAUGUUGUGAGAUCAGCUAUAGAAACUGUAGAGCCAGCUGUAGUGGAAGCUGCGCCCAUUGUACCAAUCGAAAGUCGGCCAGCCGAACUGCCAGUGGAAAUUGUCUUGGAGCCAGUAGAAGUAGAAACGCUGCCAGAGCCUGAAGCUUUACCCAUAACUCCCUCUCCACCCAUUGCUGAUUCCGAAUCCCGCCCAUUGGAGCCGCCCACAGAUACAGUGUUGGAAGAGCCUAAAAAGGUAAACAUCAAAACAGCCACACCAAAGCACAACUCCCAGGCAAACUCCAGUACGUCAAAGCCUUCGAGCAGCAGCAGCAGCAACAACAACAUCACACCCAAAGCAGCCAAGUCAACGGUUAGCAAAAUACCCAAGCCCAAAACCGAACCCACUACUAAAAACCCAAUCAACAAAAACUUGCCAUUGCGUUCCAAAUCCUUUUCCGCUCCCAUGGGCAUAUCCUCCGUCAAGCGCAUACAACAGGAGUUUCUGCAAAAGCAAUCGCAGCUAAGUGCCGCCAGCAACAGUCGCGUGCCGCUCAAGACAAGCGCCACCAAUAAGAAAUCCCUAAGCGAGGCCAUCAGCAAGUUCAAUACGGCGGAUGGGCCCAGCACCAGCGGCGCCGCAGCGGCAGCAGCAGCGCUGCUUAAGCAACGCACACAGCCACGCAUACCCAAGAAGAAAUAUCACGAAACUUGCUUCUCUGACGAUGACUACGAAACCUCUGAGGCAGAGGAAGAAGAGGAGCAGACAGCAAUAGCUGCGCCCCUGAAGGCUGAGCAGCUAAAGCGUAAGCUCAGCAUGCCCGUCUUUCGUGCCUAUCCCAGUGUGCAGGAGCCCGUUAUUGAGGAGCCUGCGGUCUUAGCACGCAAGUAUGUGGAACAGCAGCUGGUCACCAACUUGGCGGAGGCACAAAUUGCAGCCACGUUAGUGAACAUGAAGUUCGGACAGGAUGUAGCGCUGUGGGCGGCCAAGGAGUGCGCCGAUCUGGAUCAGGCAAUAUCCAUGCUGCAACAGGAGUGCGAGCUCUGCAUGAAUACCUAUCCAAUGAAUCAAAUUGUAUCCAUGCUAAAGUGUACGCAUAAAUGUUGCAAGCAGUGUGCCAAGAGCUAUUUUACUGUACAGAUCACCGAUCGCAGCAUUAACGACUGCAGCUGUCCAUUCUGUAAGCUGCCAGAGCUGUCGAACGUGUCCGAGCAUGAGGAUGAGCAUUUGGAAUAUUUCUCCAAUUUGGAUAUAUUUUUGAAAAGCAUUUUGGACAACGAUGUGCACGAGCUCUUCCAACGCAAGCUGCGCGAUCGCACGCUGCUGCAAGAUCCCAACUUCAAGUGGUGCAUACAAUGCUCCUCUGGCUUCUUUGCCAGGCCCAAGCAGAAGCGUCUCAUCUGCCCCGACUGUGGCUCUGUGACCUGCGGGCUGUGUCGCAAGCCCUGGGAGCGCGAACACGAAGGCACCAGCUGUGAGGCGUACCUGGAGUGGAAGCAGCAGAACGAUCCAGAGCUGCAGGCGCAGGGCGUGCAGGAGCAUCUGGCCACCAAUGGCAUUGAUUGUCCCAAAUGCAAGUUCCGCUAUUCCUUGGCCCGAGGCGGUUGCAUGCAUUUCACCUGUACACAGUGCAAGUUUGAGUUCUGCUACGGCUGCGCCAGACCCUUCAUGAUGGGCGCCAAGUGCAACAUAUCGCCGUAUUGUGCCAAGCUGGGACUGCAUGCGCAUCAUCCACGCAACUGUUUGUUCUACUUGCGUGACAAAAUACCGCUGCAGCUGCAAUUUUUGCUGAAGGAACACAAAGUUAUCUUCGACACAGAGCCCGUGGAGGCGCAGGAUGAGCCCAGCAGCUCUUCCAAGGCGCGCGCCUUGGCACGCUGUCCCAUACCGCUGCAGAAGGAGACGCCACAGGGUCUGGUCGACACUGUCUGCAAUAGUGAUGUGCCCGAUAAACAUGCGGGAAUGUGUCGCACUCAUUACGUGGAGUAUUUGGCGGCCAAGGUGGCCAAGGCCAGCAUCGAUCCAUUGCCCAUAUUCGAUUUAACCGACUGCGUACAAGAGCUGCGUAGACGUGGCAUUGCCCUGCCGGAGCGCGGCCCCUGGGACACCGAUGAGAUCUACAAGAACAUGUGCUCCGAGGUGAUCAAGCAGCGUAUACCACUCAAAUCAGCCUGAACUUGAUCUUGAUGGACGCUUCACUCACAACUCUUAUCGACUGUUGCGCUUUUUUAUGAAUUUUUAAUGAUUUAUCGCAAACAUUUUUAUAGACAUUUUUAUAUACACAUAAGUAUGUACAUUUUAGACAGCUGCUUAGACAUUAGUUAAUGCACACACACACACCCACACCCACACCCUCACAUACAAAUCUACACCUGUAACCUACAUGUAUUUGUCUUAGACAGUAAGCACAAUUAAAUACAUUUUUAUUGUUUUACCUACGCAAACCCAAAGACUCUCGCCCAAAUAUGAAAUAUGCAUCUAAACAGACACGUGGCAUUAACUGCAACCAAUAAACAGUUUAUGUGAGAAUCAAA